CAAAUCCUUGAGCUGUCAGUCCAUCGUUGGCCUCUGCAUCGCAACCACACGACGAACACCGUCGCGGUCGAUUUCUCCGUUCUUCGUUCUGCGAGAACAUCCGAAGUGGCCUACUGCGAUUGGCAGCAGCGCUCCUGUCAUACUCAACUCCAUUGACGACCAGGAAACGGCGACGAUGAACGACAUCAGCAACAUCUACUACGGUCGACUGCCGGAGGAUUCGCCGUACGUGAAACCGUUCCGCUUCUACUACACGCAAAAUGGGAAGGAGAAGUCGUGGGAUCUGCUGAAGGUGCACGAUUCCGUUUCGGUCGUGAUUUUUAAUACGACCCGGCAGAAGCUGGUGCUGGUGAAGCAGUUCCGUCCAGCCGUCUAUCACGGGUUGGUAUCGGAGGAAGCUGGCGCGGAUGGGCGGAGUAUUGAUAUGAAGAAGUACCCGCCCAGUUUGGCGGUGACCUUGGAGCUGUGCGCCGGAAUCGUUGAUAAGCCAAUUCCGCUGGCGGAGAUUGCUCGGGAAGAGGUUCUGGAAGAGUGCGGGUAUGAUGUUCCGGUUGAACGGUUGGAGCAGAUCAUUAGCUACAGGUCUGGUGUUGGGACGUCCGGAGCACUGCAGGUGAUGUUCUACGUGGAAGUUACCGAUCAGGAUAAGGUCGAGGCGGCAGGAGGAGGAGUUGGAGAUGAGAUUAUCGAAGUGGUGGAACUUAGCUUGGCAGAGGCUUCCAAGCUGAUGGAGAAGGGAAGUGUGCUGACCAGUCCACCGGCAUUCCUGUUUGGAGUUCUUUGGUUCCUUACCAAUCGGGCACCCAAGGCUUAGUGAUUAAAACAGAAGGGUUUUAUAAGAGUAAUAAUUUGUUAUCUAAUUGGUUGACGUAUAAUAAAAUAGGCUUCAUGAAAUACAA